UCCCCUCCCCUAGCUGGGCGGCCUUGGCCACAUUGCCCAAGGCUGUCUGCAGUGCCUGGACCCUUGAGUGCUCUCAGGGACACUCUGCAGCCUGGGCUCUGGCGGAGGCAGCAGGAGGCAGCAGCCGGGCGUGACAAGCAAAGAUGACAGCGAACAAGGGCCUCCCUUUGCUGGAUGGAGACCUCCCCGAGCAGGAGAACGUGCUGCAGCGUGUGCUGCAGCUGCCGGUGGUGAGCGGCACCUGCGAGUGCUUCCAGAAGACCUACGCCAGCACCAAGGAAGCCCACCCCCUGGUGGCGUCUGUGUGCAACGCCUAUGAGAAGGGCGUGCAGGGCGCCAGCAGCCUGGCCGCCUGGGGCAUGGAGCCGGUGGUCCGCAGGCUGUCCACCCAGUUCACAGCUGCCAACGAGCUGGCCUGCAGAGGCCUGGACCACCUGGAGGAAAAGAUACCAGCUCUCCAGUACCCUCCAGAAAAGAUCGCCUCGGAGCUGAAGGACACCAUCUCCACGCGCCUCCGCAGUGCCCGCAACAGUAUCAGCAUGCCCAUCGCCAGCACGUCAGACAAGGUCCUGGGGGCCGCGCUGGUUGGCUGCGAGUUUGCCUGGGGAGUGGCUCGAGACACGGCCGAGUUCGCUGCCAGCACUCGCGUUGGCCGCCUGGCGUCCGGUGGGGCCGACUUGGCCUUGGGCGGCAUUGAGAAGGUGGUGGAGUACCUCCUGCCCCCUGCCAAGGAGGAGCCAGGCUAUUCCCCUGGACGCCAGCAGGGUCAGAAGCCCCCCAAGACCAAGCCGAGCCUGCUGAGAAGGGUAGGGGCCCUGGCCAACACCCUUUCUCGGCACGGCAUGCAGAGCACGGCCUGGGCACUGCGGCAGGGCCAGGCCCUGGCCAUGUGGAUCCCAGGUGUGGCACCCCUGAGCAGCCUGGCCCAGUGGGGCGCAUCGGCAGCCAUGCAGGUGGUGUCCCGGAGGCGAAGCGAGGUCCGGGUGCCCUGGCUGCACCAUCUUGCCACGGCCCAAGAGGAAGAGCAUGAUGAGCAGACGGACUCGGAGGGGGCAGAGACGGAGGAGGAGGAAGAGUCGGAGACAGAGGAGGGGCUCGGUGAGGCAGCAGCCAUGCCUGACCCACGAGGCCUGCUGGGCAGCAUGGCACACACUCUGCAGAAGACCCUGCGUGGCACGCUCUCAGCUGUGACGUGGGCGCCUGCGGCUGUGCUGGGCACAGCGGGGAGGAUGCUGCACCUCACACCUGCCCACACCGUCUCCUCCACCAAGAGCAGGGCCAUGUCUCUGUCGGAUGCCCUGAAGGGUGUCACUGACAACGUGGUGGACACAGUGGUGCACUAUGUGCCGCUCCCCAGGCUGUCGCUGAUGGAGCCCGAGAGCGAAUUCCGAGACAUCGACAACCCGCCGGCAGAAGCCGAGCGCCGGGAGGCGGAGCGCAAGGGGUCCGGGGCACGGCCCGCUAGCCCGGAGCCCACGCCGCGCCCCGUGCAGCCCCGCGGCAGCCUGCGCAGCGUGCGGGGCCCGGCACUUGAGGACAAGGCCGAGCCGCCCUCCGCGCUGCGCCCGGGCUUCCUGGCCGCGCCGCGCGAGAAGCCCACGCGCAGGGUCAGCGACAGCUUCUUCCGGCCCAGCGUCAUGGAGCCCAUCCUGGGGCGCGCGCAGUACAGCCAGCUGCGCAAGAAGAGCUGAGGCCGCCGCGCCCCAGGCCUGGCCGCCGUCUCUCGCAGCGAGCAGGACCCGCGCGGCCCAGGGAGGGCUGGCCUGGUCACCGUAGUCCCCGGGGACCCUGGCUUCGUUCAUGCCCAUGCUGCCACCCAGACACACAUCACUCUUGCAGCAUCCUACUGGGUUCUGCCAUCAGAACCAGUGUUGCAGCGGCGCCCGGGCCACAGCCCUUUCAGAUUCAGUGGCCUUUCAAAGAUAUUGUUAUUACUAUUAUCAUUACUAUUAGUAUUGAGCCCAGACCCACUGAUUACCCAGGCUCUCUGCCGGCCCCUUUGAUGAGACGAACCAAGCAGGUGCGCAAAAUCUGUGUCCGUUGAAAACCGCUCUUCUCGUGCCAGGCUUGUCCUCUCUAGCGCCACCUCCCGCUCGCAGCUGCACCUGCCUUUGCGCCAUUCCCACCUCCGUCUGCAGUCGGUUCUUUGCCUCCAGAAUGGAGAAUCCAGGGAAUGCCAACAAAACCCACAAUAUAAUCUGUAUCCUAUGGGCCAUGUACAGAAGGUCUAUAGUUCAUUCUAAAUCCCGUUUUUUGGAAAUGUUAAUAAAUCUAGGCAAUACAUAUGUGCAAUUAAAAAAUUCAAACCUUGCAAAA